AUGGAUGACGAUCAAUUACUGGAUUUCCUUUUGAAGGACCCAGUGAUACCUGUUGAAGAUAUCGAGGAUGGGAAAACCAGUGAAGAGGAGAUAGCUCCAGAAAAGAAGGAAAAAGCUCGUAGGAUGAACGAAAAGAGAGCAAAGGCUCACAAUAAACAUCUGGUUGAAGAGAAGAUAAAACGUCAUCAGGAAAUAGAGACCAUGCAGGAUUUGCUCGCUGGGCUUGAUGAGUUGAUCUUGGAAGAUGAAGAUAACCGCUAUGAAGGUGAAGGGACUGCGAUUGUGAUUACACCACCUCACACAAAGAAACAGAACAGACACAAAGAAAAGAAAAAGGGAAAACGUGAGAAAAUAAAAGAAGACACUGUAAAUGAGAAAGAACAUCAAGAUAUAUUACGACAAUUAGAAAAGACACCCGAAGAGGCUAGGCGACCUAGUAAAGUAUCAACUAAGUCUGAGAGACAGGCCAAGACUAGAAGCUAUGAAUUUGAUAUUGAUAAGAAGAACCAGAAGAAGAAAUCUCAAUCUAAGAGAUGGGCUGAAGAGAAUUCUAUUAAAGAACCUCAAGACAGAUUACAAAGAUUGAACAAAAAAUUUGAAGAGGCAAGUCAACGUAGAAAAAUAUCAAUCAAGUCUAAGAAACAGACCCAGGCUGCAAGUAACGAAUUUGAUGUUGACAAUACCAUCAAAAAAGUUACCGAGGUUCUUAUGGAUGAAGAACAAAACCAUAAGAAGAAACACCGAUAUAGACAACGACGUUUGGACAAGAAAAUUGAAGAGGCAAAUCAACUUGGAAAAAUAUCAAUUAAGCCUAAAAAACAAAUGCUGGCUGAAGGUGAUGAAUUUGCAGAUACGAAAAACCAGAAGAAGAAAUCUCAAUCUAAGAACUAUGCCAAAGAGAAUUCUGUUAAUGACCAUCAAGAUAGACAGCAGCGUAUAGAUAGAAAACUUGACGAAGCACGCAGUCGUGGAAAAGUAUCAAUCAAGGCUAAAAACCAUGACACUUCUGAAGCAAAUACAUCUGAAAAAUCUAAGAAACGAUACGAAAAUAAGAUAAAACGAUCUCAACAAACCUCAGACACAAAAAUACUCUCUAUAGAAUUUUAA